AUGACAACUCCUGCUCUUGAUCAACUCCCUUUCACUAUCGACAACAUUCCAUACGUCCAGCUACUAAACGCCGCCAUUCUAGGCGUCAUCAGCGCGAAGUCGGACGAGUCCCCAAGAUGUGCUACAGCAAUCGGUGACUCGGCUCUCGACCUUUCAAAGUAUGCAGAGAGUGGCAACUUGUCGAGUCUGGAGUCCGGACACAACUUCUCCUUUGCCAAGGUCUUUGCUGAGGUACUUCCAACGACACCACUCUCUGAAAACCACUCAUUGACCGAUGGUUAG